AUGCAACGAGGCACCUACGCCAUGCCCCCGGCCCAAAGCCCACCCCUCCACCACCCCGUCCCCCAACACAUCUCUCAAGUCCCCAAUCUCCGCUCCCCACCACCGCCCACCUCCCAACAUAAUACUGGCGGCGGAGGUGGAUAUGGCUACGGCGCUCAGCAGCAACCCGGGAUGCCGCAUCAACCACAGCAACAGCAAAACGCCUACAUGAACCAAUUCGGCGGCUUCAUGAACGAUCCCACCGCGCAGAUGGGCCUGCAGAUGGGGCAGAGUGCGAUGAAAGUCGGGCAGGAGUACGUGGAGCAGAAUUUCAACCGCUACGUCAACGUCUCCGCCCUGAAACACUACUUCAACGUCUCCAACUCCUACGUCCUCCACAAACUCCUCCUCGUCCUCUUCCCCUGGCGCCACCGCCCCUGGUCGCGACAUCAACAACCUUCGUCUUCCUCCAACCCUGCCUCUUCCAAUCAUAACAAUGCGGUCGAGUUCGCCCCGCCGCGGGAAGACAUUAACAGCCCGGAUAUGUACAUCCCCCUCAUGGCCUUCAUUACUUACGUCCUCCUCACCACCCUCCUCGCGGGACUGAAUGGCAAAUUCGAACCGCAAUUGCUUGGGAUUACUUUCAGUAACGCCAGCGUCGUUAUUAUAUUGGAGUUGGUGGUACUAUGGUUGGGACGGUACUUUUUGAACAUCAAUUCGGAAAGUCAGAUUUAUGAUUUGGUGGCUUAUAGUGGGUAUAAGUUUGUCGGGGUCAUUGUUACGAUUGCGCUUGCCGCUGCUUUUAAUGGGGGAAGAGGGACCGGGGGGUGGGUGGGAUGGGGUGUUUUCUCCUACACAUUCCUGGCGAAUGCGUUCUUCUUGCUCCGAAGUCUAAAGUACGUCCUCCUCCCCUCCGACAGCUCGCCCGCAAACCCGAGCAUGCAGACCCUUGCCCGCAGCCAACGGAGUCGGAGGACGCAGUUCUUGUUCGUGUAUAGCUACGUCGUGCAGUUUGCGUUUAUGUGGUGGUUGAGUGCGCUGGAUGUGACAGGGAGGACGGGGACGGGCACGGGGACGAAGGGGGGCAAGUGA